ACAAGGAUACAACCUGAGCUAAUCAAGAUGGCUUCCUCCACGCCUUACCGUGUCCUACUCUUGUGCCUCACCACUUUCCUGCAGGCAUGGCUUGCUGCGGCAAAAUACCCGCCGCAUAACCCACCGCCGCCGCCCCCGCCGUUUGAGCUGCCGGAGUCCGAGGUGAGGGAGAGGUUCUCCAAGUGGGUGAUCAAGUACUCAAAGCACUACUCGUGCCAUGAGGAGGAGGAGAUGCGGUUCCAAGUCUUCAAGAACAACACCAACGCCAUCGGCCAAUUCGACCAACAGAAUCCUGGCACGGUCGUCGGUCGCGGAUUCCGACCAACUGGGUUUCAGGUCCGUGGCUCGGGCGGGGUCCGUAUGAACAGGUUCGGUGACCUCAGCCCCAGGGAGGUCAUCCAGCAGUUCACCGGGCUCAACACCACCAGCUUCAAUGCCACGUCACCCACCUACCUCCCCAACCACUCCUUCAAGCCGUGCUGCGUUGACUGGCGCUCCAGCGGCGCUGUCACCGGCGUCAAGAAUCAAGGCACUUGUGGAUCAUGCUGGGCAUUCGCGGCGGUGGCGGCGAUCGAAGGCAUGAACAAGAUUAGGACAGGGGAGCUGGUGUCGCUGUCCGAGCAGGUACUCGUGGAUUGCGACACACGGAGCGGCGGCUGCGGCGGCGGCCACUCAGACUCGGCUAUGGCCCUCGUGGCCGCCCGUGGUGGCAUCACGUCGGAGGAGAGGUACCCAUACGCCGGAUUCCAGGGAAAGUGCGACAUGGACAAGCUCCUCUUCGACCACCAGGCGUCCCUCAAGGGCUUCAAGGCCGUGCCACCCAACAACGAAGGUCAGCUGGCGAUUGCCGUGGCCAUGCAGCCCGUGACGGUCUACAUUGACGCCAGCGGUUUUGAG